GCGUAGUCCGCCACUUCUCCUCUCUCUCUCACUUGCAGGCUGCAGCAGCGAGAUGUCGCACUUUGGGAGAUCCGGCCCUCCAGACAUCAGAGACACCUACUCCCUUCUCGUCCUCAACAUCACUUUCCGAACCACCGCAGAUGAUCUCUUCCCUCUCUUCGACAAGUACGGCAAGGUCGUCGACGUCUUUAUCCCUAGAGACCGAAGGACCGGAGAAUCACGAGGUUUCGCUUUUGUUCGGUAUAAGUAUGCUGACGAGGCACAGAAGGCGGUGGAAAAGCUAGACGGAAAAAUUGUCGACGGCAGAGAGAUUAUGGUUCAGUUCGCCAAGUAUGGCCCAAAUGCCGAGCGAAUUCACAAAGGGAAGAUAUCAGAGUCAACUUCGAAGACAAAAGGCAGGUCUAGAAGUCGUAGCCCUCGUCCUAGGCAUCGGGAUGAACAUAGGGACAAGGAUUACAGAAGGAGAAGUCGUAGUAGAAGCAGGGAGCGAUCCGCUCGGGACAGGUACCGUGGGAGGGAAAAAGAUAAUCGUCGCCGGAGCAGGAGCCCUAGUGCAAGUCCGGAUCAUCACAAAGAUCGUGGGAGAGGCAGAUAUGAAGAUGAACGACGGAGUCGGAGCCGGUCCUAUGAUAGUGCCUCCCCUGCUCGGCGCAGUCCGAAUCCUAGGAGGAGCCCGUCUCCACAUAGGACAUCUUCUAGGGGUGAAAGUCCUGAUGCACGCAAUCAUAAAGAAGGCUCUCCUGUGCCGAAAACUGUUCCAUCUCAUGGUCGACCUGUUGAUUCUCGAAGCCCAUCUCCACGUAGAUCUGAUGCUGACGAAUGAAGGGGCAGCAUAUGAUGUGAUGGAGAUUUCUUUGGCUCAAUGCAUUCUCUGUAUCUGUGUUAAUCUUGGAGCGGACAUGUUAAGUUAGGCAUGCUUUGAUCAACACCUUGAAUGCUAGAUUUCUUCGCCAUGGACCUUUUGGGAGGUUGAACAUUACCUUGUUGGAUUCAAUGCAUUUCUUGACUCGUGUUUGAUCGCAGUUCAUGUAUUAAUUUCUAUAGUUGUGUUCGGGAAAGGUGAAUUUUGCUGUUUGCUGAGAUGUGCUUGCUGUGGUGCUGAUUUUGCAUCUGGAUCAUGUAUUGUCCUUAUAUAGUUGUGGUCGGGAAAGGUGAAUUUUGCUGUUUGCUGAGAUGUGCUUGCUGUGGUGCUGAUUUUGCUUCACAGAUGGUGGAUAUCAGUUCAUGCUGGUUGCAAUCUACUGUCUUACCAUUUUUUCUUUGAUAAUGUCCUGAUUGGUAAGAGUUGACACUCCCAUUUUAUUUAAGUCCUUCAACCAUGGGGAUUUUGACUUUUAACCAUGUCGUAGUUAUCGACCUUGCUGAUACUAAAAGUUUCGGCCGACCACGGAGUCUUAGUAGCUGUGGUUGCCUAAAGAUGGAUGCAACUCGCAUGCCUUUACAUGUGGCUGUUGCAGGUUCAUAUGAAUGCUUCCUCAGUUCAUUUGGGGUCUAAGUUUCGGGUACCUCUUUCUGGCAAUGUUUGCUUUGGUAGGGAUUGGUCCGUGUUGGUCAAUGACAGCCUGUGACGCAGCAUUAUUAUAAACUUAUAAUUAGGUAGAAACUAUCACACGUUCUUUUGUGGGAAUGAUUUUUUUGUUUGUUUGUUUCCCUUUGCUUUAUAAUUUUUUCUUAAAUUAGACUCCUACAAUAACUUAUAGAUGUUUUGUGUGGAUAUAGUCUUGUUAUCA